AUGCGUCCGCUCGCUCGUUCGCCCGUCGCGCCGCCGCCGCGUCGCCGUCACGCCGCCGUUGUGCGCGGCGACGGCGCGGCGGCGGCGCGACGGCGACGCGGCGGCGAGCGACGCCGCGCUCACGAGUUGUUCCCCGCAGCCGCGCCGGGCUGCAGUUACGCGGGCGCGCUGCGCGGCCGCCACCCGGACCACAUGACAGACGCGGAGCGCGCGCUGGAGCUGGGCGCGGCGCUGGCGGGCUCGCCGCCGCGCGGCGCAUUCGAUCUGCGCGACCCCAAGCACUUCCCGCCUAUGCGCGCCGCCCCCGCCCCCGGGGCCCCCGUCGCCGGGCCCCCCGCCGCCGCCGCCGCCGCGCCCGACCAG